AUGAAAUCGGAUUCUAAAUCAAUGACGGUAGAAACUCCAGUGGGAUCAGUUCCUAAAAGACCGGUGUACAGUCGACACUCGACCAAGACAGUGCCGAGACGACAGUGGUUAGGGGCACGCAGGAGAAUCAGUUCAGUUAGUUUUGAUAUAUCACCUAUCGAAGAGAACUUUACUGAGGACAAUGUUAUAAGUUUCGGGGGAAAGAAGGAUUACAACUGCAGAAGGAUGAGUGCGCCCGAGCUCCCCCCUAUAGAUUACCGGGCUAAAUAUUCUCCAACACAACUAGUGCUGCAGGGAUCCUUACUCCGGCGGACAUCCUACAACGGUCAAUCUGGUAGUCAUCCACACAGUGCAACGAGUGAUGGUUCCCUGAGGGGCCAGACCGCCAAGUCUCCCCACAGUGCUAAUUCGUCCUCAUCUGGACAGAGUUUUGGACAACAGGGAAAGUCAGUCAAUGUUGGUCUAAAUAGGGGAAAGACUUGGUGUGUUCCGGAGCAGACAGACGUCGGAAGUCCUCGGAUAGACCAGGGCAAAAGAAAACCCAUAGGAGGUACAUAUAAUCAGAUGACUCCACGAUCAACAAGAUUCCGGACUUCACGUCUGUCCAGUAAGGAUAAUUCCUUGUCCAGCGGCAAUAAUAACACGACGUCUAACCGACGUCCAUUACAACAUUGCAAAAGUGACUCGAAAAUCAUCGCUCCUAUUGAAGAGUUCCAAAAAUCAAAAACAUUUAUCAAACGAAAUAAUAGUGAACAGAAAUUGAACGACAAAAACGCAAAAAAUAACCAAAGAACGUUGUCAAUUGACAAAACUGAAACUCUAACACGAGGUAAAACAACUGCUGGCAAUGUUAGUGGAAUGAGGAAGUAUUCAUCGACUUUUGUCUUAAACAUCCAUAACAAAAAUAGUGAAAUUGAAUCAAGGACUACAGAACACGAGAAUGAUGAUUCUGACUCGGAUUCUAACAAAGAUCAAUACAUCAUAAACUGGAUCAUAGGAGUACAAUCGGAGGAAACAGAAAUUCCACCGGAACCGGAAAUAGAAUAUCAUGACGUUCCUCCACAGACAGACACAGCAGUCCAUAUAGUGUACGGAGACGGAUAA